AAGUUUUAUAAGCCUGUGGAUCUUCUCACACAGAAAACUCUACUUGACCAGAUCUACCAGCUAAUAUCUGUCAGAACUUCCAAGGAUUGCUCGUUCAUAACACCUCCAAAAUUACUAGAAGAUUUGGACGAUAUCAAAGUGAUCUAUCGACAUUACGCGACGCUUUAUUUUGUGUUUGUAGUAGACGACCAGGAGUCAGAGCUUGGAAUUCUUGACUUGAUACAAGUAUUUGUUGAGUGUUUAGACAAAUGCUUUACAAACGUUUGUGAGCUUGACCUAGUUUUUGGGUGGCAGGUUUUACAGACAGUCUUGGAGGAGAUAGUACAAGGAGGUAUGGUAAUAGACACCAACAUAGCGCGCAUUGUUACAGCUGUGGAUGAUGCCAAUAGUCAGAAACUUAGUGGUGCUAGCGUUGGUACUGGAUGGCUAUCAUCUCUUGAUAGUGGAUUCAGAUGGAGACGGUGA